AUGACUUUUUAUGCGGGGUUAGAGAUGCCCUACGCCCGUGGAACACAUCUUCUCUUUUGUUCUAACUAUUUUCUUUUUCCCGCGAAUACCUUAUCUCUGCCUCACUAACAACUGGGAUCUUCUCCAUCGCCAUUCUCCAUAAACUCAUCCGCCGCCAUUCACGCCGGCCACCUCUUUGCCUCCCAUCACGUGACUUGUGUUGUGCGAAGAAGUGAAGAACACCAAGAACGCAAGCAAUCAGGCCAUCAGCCCUCUUUCGUCUGGUAGAUUGUCAAAUGAAUAGGGCAAGGAGGUAAUCGGCUGGAAAGGUUAUUGAAUUCCUGAAAACUCAAUUGGUUUCCAGCACAAGAAAGAAGGAAGUAGCACAUCAACUUUGAAAAAGGAGGGCUGGUGGUGCUCACGACCAUAUACAAUAUCGGUUUGUAUUAAGUAAGCUUACUGGUGGUGGUGCUGCAGACUGCUUGCAGUUCGGCUAAAAUGGCUAUCCCUCUUUCAAAUCUCACUCCCAGUCUCAUUGUUUCAAAGCUCUGUUUAGGGACGAUGACGUUCGGUGAGCAAAAUUCGUUGUCACAGUCCUUCAAACUCCUGGACAAAGCAUUCGAUUAUGGAAUCAACUUCUUCGAUUCUGCAGAAAUGUAUCCAGUGCCACAGCGUGCAGAAACACAAGGAAGGAGCGAAGAAUACUUUGGUCGCUGGCUUAGAGAGAGAAAAAUACCUCGUGAUCGUGUUGUAUUUGCUACCAAGGUUAGUGGCCCUUCUGGGCAGAUGAGUUGGAUUCGAGGGGGUCCAACUAGUUUGGAUAGAAGGAAUAUAAAGAUGGCUAUUGACAACAGUUUGCUGAGACUACAGACUGACUAUAUCGAUCUUUAUCAACUCCAUUGGCCUGAUCGAUAUGUUCCAAUGUUUGGAGAAACUGAUUAUGAUCCUGUCAGACAAUAUAGCCCUGUUAGUUUUGAUGAACAACUUGAUGCUCUAGGAACAGCAGUUGAUGCUGGUAAGAUCAGAUUCAUUGGUGUAAGCAAUGAAACACCAUAUGGGGUCAUGAAGUUCCUACAAGCUGCUGAAAAUAACCCUAGCUAUCCAAGAAUAACCACUGUUCAGAACUCGUACAACUUGCUCUGUCGAAAUUUCGAUUCAGGAUUGGCAGAGUGUUGUCAUUUGGAGAGGGUUAGGUUAUUGGCAUAUAGCCCUCUGGCAAUGGGUUUGCUUUCUGGAAAGUAUAUGUUACCUGAUGGUGGUGGAGAUGAUGCUCGUUUGAAUCUUUUCAAAGGCAGGUAUUCAGAAGGGGAAUCCAGAUAUAACUUAUCAAAUCCCACCAUUACAGAAGCUACUAAAGCAUAUGUCUCGAUUGCAGAACGUUAUGGUAUCCAUCCGGUAUCUCUUGCAAUUGGUUUUGUUUUGAGACACCCUCUUGUGAGCAGUGCUAUUUUUGGGGCUACAAAAUUAUGGCAACUUGAGGAGGUUGUUAAUGCAUGUGAUAUAAAGCUUAGCCCAGAAAUCAUUGCAGACAUAGAUGAGGUUCAUUCAAGAUUUCCCAAUCCUUGCUCUUGAGUAAAUCAGUUUUCAACUCUUUGUUAUCUUCUUUGGAAUUAAUAGUGUUACUUUAAUUAGUUUAUACUUAUUCACUUAUUUCUUAUUAAUAAACAAUAUUACUAUGUUAUUAUUUGGACGUUAGUUGUUAGGCAGGGUCCAUUUCAAUUAAUGCAAAUCGUUUUAAUUUGGCA